AUGUUUGAGCAAGUCUGGCACCUGUGGUUCAUCUCUGCUCUUGGAGCUGUGGGUCUCUCUGCCCAGCAGAUCAGCCCGUUUUGCGAUGCCACUCUCUUUUGCAACUAUUCUUCAAGGGCUUUACGUGCAGUUCCUUCUGGGCUAGCAGAUGAUAUUGUGAAACUGGAUUUGUCCUCCAACAGUAUAGAGCACAUCAGGGAAGAGGAUCUGAAGUUUUCCGUCAGUCUGAAAACUCUUUUGCUCCAAUCUACGAUUCGGACAAUUGAUGGGAAGGCCUUCCGCUCCCUUGUAAAGCUGGAAUACUUGGAUUUAUCAAAGAACAAACUGUCUCACUUGUCGCUCUGGUUCAGGCCCCUUUCUUCCUUACAAGUGAACCUAAUAGGUAACUGCUACCAGAUUCUCGGGACUCCACUGUUUUCUGAAUUGUCAAAACUGAGGUACCUGCACUUUGGAAAUGACAACUUCUCUGCUUUACAGAUACAAGACUUGGAAGGAAUUUCUCUUGAAGAACUGGAAAUUGAAGGACACAACCUCAAACAAUAUGUAGCAGGAACUCUGAAACAAUUAAUGAUAAAUCACAUUAUGUUGAAUAUUCCCCCCAAUGCCACUUUAGCUGCAAUUAUAUAUGAUGUUACAGAUUCUGUGGGUGUGUCUGAACUGAGAAUAUACAAAUCCUUGAUAUGCCGCCCAUUCCUAUUCUGGCCCAGUGCUGCUUACAGCUGUCAGAAAGUUAUCCUUAGAAAUGUUGAACUUUCGGAUAUGUCUGUCGUUCAGAUUGCACCCAUAUUUGCCCAUAUGAAACAAAUGCAAGAGAUAGAGAUAGUAGAUUGCAAGUUUGAAGGUACUGGGCACUUGAUGGUGUUCCGUACUCCAGCUUCCCUGCAAGUGAUAACAGUCAGAAAUUUGACAAUUACCAAGUUUUAUUCCUUUUCAGAUCUUUCUUCUGUGACGUCUCUUGUGAGGAACUUUACCAGACUUACACUUGAGAAUGCAUUUGUUUAUCUGGUGCCCUGUGAUCUUGCAAGGCACUUCCAUUCCAUCGUGUAUCUUGAUUUCAGUGGGAAUUUGUUGCUAGAUCAUUUGAAAAAAUCAUUGUGUGUGAAUGCCUGGCCUAGAUUACAAAUAAAUGUCAGUCGAAAUUCUUUGAAGCAGUUUUCAGUAGUAGCAGAAAGUGUAGCUCUUAGACGGCAUCUUAUUAACUUGGAUAUAAGUCAAAAUAACUUUGAAGAAAUGCCAGCCUGUGUGUUUGCCAGAAGUCUGAAAUUUUUAAAUAUAUCUGGCUGUAAAUUAAAAAUGCUCACAAACUGCAUUCCUCGAAGUCUCGAAGUACUGGAUGUUAGCCAUAAUAACCUCAAAGACUUCAGACUGAGCCUGCCUGACCUGCAGGAGCUUUACAUCAAAGACAACAGACUGACAACCCUACCGGAUGCUGCCUCAAUUCCUAGUGUUAGAAUCAUAAAUAUUAGACAAAACCAAAUAUUUGACUUCAAUGAGCAGCAACUUGUCAAAUUUGCAAAAAUCGACAAAUUGGAUGCACGUUACAAACAGUUUCCGCUGCUCGUGUGAAUUGUAUCCUUCACGCAGUCGCAACAAGGACCAUCUAAUGUCUUUGUUGCAUGGCCAGAAAACUACAUCUGUGACUCUCCGGAGCAUGUAAGAGGGAAGCAAGUGGGAGCUGUUCAGUUUCGGCCCUCUGACUGCCACCUGACUUUGAUGGUGUCCUUAAUCUGCAUCCUGAUGCUGUUGAUCGUAGUGGCGGCGGCUGUUCUUUGCCACAAGCUUCAUGCCAUCUGGUAUAUGCAAAUGACCUGGGCGUGGCUUCAAGCAAAACGCAAGCCCCAGAGAAACCACAAGAAAGAAACCUGCUAUGAUGCCUUUGUUUCCUACAGUGAGCAGGACUCUGAAUGGGUGGAAAACGUCAUGGUGCAGGAGCUGGAGCAAGCUAAUCCCCAUUUAACUCUGCCUCCAUAAAAGGGAUUUACGCCUGGCAAAUGGAUUGUGGACAACAUUAUCGACUCCAUUGAGAAGAGUUCUAAAACCCUGUUCGUGCUGUCGGAGCACUUUGUACAAAGUGAGUGGUGCAAGUACGAACUCGAUUUCUCUCACUUCCGGCUUUUUGAUGAGAACAACGAUGCAGCAAUUCUGAUCCUUCUGGAGCCCAUUCCAGAGAAGACCAUCCCCAAAAGGUUUUGUAAGCUCAGGAAACUAAUGAAUACAAAAACCUACCUUGAGUGGCCAAGGGAUGAAGUUCAAGAGCAAAUAUUUUGGUUUAAUCUGAAAACGGCAAUAAAAUCCUAGGUAAAAUCCUAGCAGAGAUUGUAGGGUACGUAGGGAUGGGAGAAUCUGUGGGUUCCCUUUUUCUCUCAGCUUCUCAUUUUGCCAGCCUUAAGUUUUCCACAUUUUUACAUCAGUUGCACUUAAAAAAAAAAAAAGUCCUUAUGAGAAUUCAGCUAAUUUUUCCUUCAUAUGCACAUUUCUGCAAAACU